CUAUAAAAACCUUUGUUAUACGCCAGUUCCCCCAACCUGCUUUCUGUUCAACUACACAAACAACGACAACAAACCGUUCUCAACAAUGGCUUCUGUUCCACCCGGCGACAUCACAACGCUUCCUGCUGUGAAGGUCAUCUUCAACGCGCCGUUCGACGACAAGCACACCUACUACAUGAAGAUCAUCAACUCUGGUGGGCAUCGUAUCGGCUUCGCCUUCAAGACGACCAACCCUCGCCGUCUGAACAUGGACCCGCCCAAUGGUGUCCUCGACCCGAAGGAGGCCAUCAACAUCGCCAUCUCUUGCGACGCCUUCGAUCCGGCUGCGGAAGCGACCAACAACGACCGUGUCACCGUCGAAUGGACCAACACCCCGGAAGGAGCAGCCAAGCAAUUCCGCCGCGAGUGGUUCCAGGGUGACGGUAUGGUUCGCCGCAAGAACCUUCCAAUCGAGUACAACAUGUAAGCGGUUGGUGGAAGAUGAUGACGCCGAGAUGUGUGAUAAUAUAGGAAAAACAUUUCUCCCUUCAUAAUUGUAAUUUCCCCCGGUUUUUUGUGUGAUUCUUAUUGUCCCUAUUUUCUUGUGUGAUUGUUUGUAAAUAUUGUUUGUUUGUAAAUAAAUUGGGUUUGAAUGUGUUCUUGUUAUUUUCCAAAUUUGGCACAAGCUUUUCUCAUCUUUGCUUUGUUGGAGUAUGGUUGACUUAAUUAAGUCUUUAUUC